AUGACCGAUACACAAUUAGAUUGCGCACUAGAUUUAAUGAGACGUUUACCGCCUCAACAAGUAGAAAAAAAUUUAACGGAUCUAAUUGAUUUAGUACCAGAUUUAACAGAAGAACUAUUAGCAGCUGUUGAUCAGCCAUUAAAAGUUGUACGGGAUCGUGUUGUUGGCAAAGAUUAUUUGCUAUGUGAUUAUAAUCGUGAUGGUGACUCAUAUCGAUCACCAUGGACAAAUACGUAUAUACCAGCAUUCGAUGGAAAUUUACCAUCAGAUCGUCUUCGACAAUUAGAAAUAGAAGCUAAUCAAGCAUUUGAACAAUAUCGUGAAAUGUAUUUUGAAGGUGGUGUAUCAUCAGUUUAUUUUUGGGAUUUAGAAGGAUUAAAUGGAUUUGCCGGUGUUAUUCUUGUAAAAAAAGUUGGUGAUGGUUCAAAAAAAAUUAAAGGCUGUUGGGACUCGAUACAUGUUGUAGAAGUACAAGAAAAACAAAGUGGACGUACGGCACAUUAUAAAUUAACAUCAACAGUUAUGUUAUGGUUACAAACACACAAGGCAACAAGUGGUAUGAUGAAUUUAGGUGGUAGUUUAACAAGACAAUUAGAAUCAGAUAGUCAAAUACAAGAAUUUUCACAACAUAUUAUUAAUAUUGGACGUAUGGUAGAAGAAAUGGAAAAUAAAAUUCGACAAACAUUAAAUUCAAUUUAUUUUGGUAAAACAAAAGAUAUAUUAAAUUCAUUAAGAAAUAGUGAAAAUUUUCAAGGCCGUUUUCGUUUACCACAAGCAAGUUUUAAAGAAGAUUUACAACUAGCUUUAAACAAAAAACAGCCAUUAGAAUAA